GAGAAACAACGAAGUAGCGAUUUUAUGAAAAUUCCUUUAUAUUAAAAAAAACAAGCUAGUUCAACAAAUAAUUUAAUAGUUUAUAUUUGGUAAUAAUCUUUUAUCGGUACAUUUGGUUAAACGAGUUAUAUGGACGCGAUUAUAGGGUUUCCUUUGGAUAAAAGGUCUAAUUGGACGCCGGGAAAUGUUGAUGAAACUUGGGAUAACUACUUCCAACCGUAUCAUGAGAAAGUUGGUUUAGGGUUUGUUUCAACAGUUGGUCUCAUCUCUGCUUUAAUGACUUUCGGAUUACUCUCUUACAUACUUUGGCAUGCUAAGUUUAAUUACGAUGCUCGACACCCACCAUCAGUUGUUGCUGCUAAUGGUUCACUUCCUACGUUUAUAAAUAGCGCUCCAGGCGCUUACCUUGUAAGCUUAUUCGUUAGUCAUUUCAUAUAUGGCGUUGGGUUCGCAAUCGGAUUCCAAUGGGCCGCCACUCAAUAUAUUUCAGUUGGUCCACUAUGUGAUGUUCAGGGUACAUUUUUACAAAUUGGUGACCUUGGAUAUGCUUUCUGGUCAGGUGCAAUUGCAUACCAUACCUUCAAUUUGUUGUACUUUAGACAAUCGCCACCAAAUUGGGUUAAUAAGGGCAUUUUAACUUUGCUUACCCUAAUAGAUUAUAUGAUUAUUCAGGUGGAACGUGGUGUUGGAUAAGUGGAAAGUAUGAUGAACUACAACUAAUGUUUUACUUUAUACCAUCUUGGUUAUCAGUGGCUAUGUCUUCUAUAAUGUAUAUUACUGUAUAUGUUCACACCUCUCGAUUUUUCAAU